ACAGCUUCAAACACAAAUAAAAUGCUGCGUCUUAUUUCUUCAACCCAAACGACACCGUCACAGUCAGACACGACGCUUGAAAACCGCUAAAGAUGAUCUCCAGGGGGAAGGUCACAAGCUCAAAUGCUCAACAGAGGUGAAGAUUCCCCCCCCCCCCAGUUAAGAUAUGAUUUUUAUCAUGUAUAUAAGGGGCUGUGAUAAGGUCGUGUGGUUUUUAUGGGAACAGAAAUUCGGUUCGAGUGUUAGUUUGAUUUCGAUAUUUUCACUAAAAGCUUCGAUAGAUUGGAUUGAACAAUGCCUAACUGCCAAUUCAGGUUUUGAAGUCCGAACAAACAACUAAGUUGCAAAUCAUCUUUAGUUAGUGAUAUGGAAGCUUGUAUGGGUUUCUUGGAUCGGCUCGACCCCGACAUAUUGUUGAAGAUUUUUACGUAUGUGGAUGAUCCAUAUGAUCUUGUCCGUGUCAGUUCUGUCUCACGGUCUUGGCGACAUUUUGUGAUUGCAAAUGGUCUUUGGAAGCAGUUAUGCUUGAGAAAGUUUUCUCAGUUAUCUAGAGUUACCCAUAUUGUUGAAUUGAACAAAUGCUGGGCAGUAGGGGCUGUAGAAGUUGGAUCUAGCCAUUCGAAGGAAUGGGAAUAUUUGGAAAGGGAUGAUAGGGCCUAUGCCCUUUUAGCUCGAGCUUCUACAACAUUUAUUGAUAGGGAUUGCAUUUCAAAAGCAAUUAGUGCAUCCAGCACUGAUAAUUAUCCAGAGGAAAGUAUUUAUAAUACUCUCAAUCCAGCAGAUACUUCAUACUGGUCAAGUAAAGGACAAAGUAAUCCUGCGGUGCCUGAGACACUAGUAUACAAAUUGGCUGAUGACUUCUGUGUUAUUACUGAAAUCAAUUUACGCCCUUUCCAAGUUUACUUUCACGAGGGUUUACCAAUAUAUUCGGCCAAAUCUGUGCGCUUCCGAAUGGGACAUCCCAAAAGCCCCACAGAUUCAGGGAAUGAUCUCCUUGGUUACUCAUUACCUGAUUCUGUUGAUGACAAGUUCAUAUGGACCUACACUUCACAAGAAUUUCCAAUGGCUCAGGAGAGUCACUUGCAGAAGUUCAGGCUUCCAGAACCUGUUCUUUGUGUUGGUGGAAUUUUGCAGAUUGAGCUGCUUGGUAGGGUUCAGAGAUGUGAAAUUGAUGGCUUAUACUAUAUCUGCAUAUCUUUUGUUCAAGUUUUGGGGAGGCCCUUAUCUCCUGCGUUGGGUGUAGAAAUUCUUGAACCAUGUGGGAAGUUUGUCUUGAAGAUUAAGAAUGAGAGGCCAUUUGAGUUACAGGCCCAAUCAAAUCAUACCGUCACCGGUUCAGUUGCAGAGGCAUCUUAGAGAUUUGCAGCAUAUUUCAGAUAUUGACAAUAUAUAUGUUGCAGGGAAAUGGAUAUUUAGCUGUUAAUAUUGAUGAAUCUGAAAUGGAUGAGGGUGAAGAGGAAUAUCUUCUCUGAAUUUGUUGUAUGUCUCUCCCCCUUUACAUAUGAAGAGGAUUAAAAGCCCUUUAUGUAGAGUAUAUGGGUGUAGAAAUUUAAUAACCUUCAUUGAUUUCACUAAACCCUAAUUCUUCCAAAACCAUCCUGAGAAAUCAGCACCCCAGCUGAUUCGAAUCAUGCUCACUGUAGCAUUCCAGCCACAUCUUAUGUUCUACGUGUUUCACUCAUAAGGGUUUUACUCUUGUUUAUGCAGAAAUUUCCAGAAUGCUUGCUCCUAUAUAGGGAUAUAAAAUACUAUCAUGCAUCAUAGAUCGACAAGUAUGUCUAAUUACAAGUAAAUCCACGGUAUACAAUAAGCCGACAUAAUCGUGCAGUUAGGUCGAGGAUGAGAUUGCAAAGAUUACACUGCUUGUGGGCAAAUUGCUUAAAGCUCAUACCAAGUUUUGAUCUCAUACAAGUCUAAAUAAUUAUUUAGACAACAUUGAAGCUCAUUGAGGAGAUGUUUGUUUCUCUUCUCAUGGUGCCUUGGACUUGGCUGGCGAUGGAAGCAACUG